AUGUCGGAUCUACCUCAGCACGCCCCUCUGCAGUGGGAGAGAAACCAACUUCAUCCCCAACAUCAAUAUCAACAGUCAUUCUCCAACCCGCCAGGUCAGUUUCCUGGAGGCUACCAAAACCACAACCACAACCCCGUAUUCAACCAAAUGUCACCCUCGUCGACGAUACCAUCUAUAUUGAAUCCCGCUCCUGCUCCUGUACCCACCCAACCGAUGCACCCGGGUUAUGACACUCGGGCUAACAACUUGGUACAGGGCGUUCCUGGAGGCUUCGACGACAACUCAGGGCAAAUGAGUAUGGGAAUGCUCUUCCAUCCACAGCAUAAUGGUGAGCGAGUAAACAAUGAUGCGCGGAAUUACGCUAACACCCUCGAAGCACCAACCGCACCCAUGGUUCACUCAAACCAGUGGCAACCUGGUCAAUACAAUGAACACGAUGUGACGCGAAUCAUGAACCUACAACGUUCUAUGAACGCUACUUCUGCGAACAUUUCGCAUGCGCCGCAAAGUGGCGCGAAUCACGUCGGCCAACCCACACCAGUUCCGGGUUGGGGCCCGUCUAUGCAACAGGCCCAGAUCGCUUCCCGACCGAAUCCUCCUAUUAUUGAUAACGAACACGCUAAUUUAUCAAGCGAUGAUAACACACCGAUUGGACCCGAUAAGAAUGAUUUAAGAGCUGUACAUUCCCCUAGGAUGAAAGCGAUUGAUAAUUUCCGAAUCUCAAAAGCGGGUCGACGACUUGGAAAGUUGGGCAAGGUUACGUGGCAACCCGGAAUGAAGGAGAAAAGAAUCACCGAUAAGAUGACCAAGGAAGAGAGAGCAGAGGCGAGCGAAUGGAACGAUAGGCUCGCCGAGGCUAAGGCGGAACAUGUUCGUACCCAGAACAGGGAGUCCGCUCAGCGAAGUCGCAAGAGAAAGGUCGAGGAACUCGAGAAUACCAAGGACAAAGUCAAGAGGCUGCAAGACGAAAACACACGCCUAAACAAGCUGAACAUGUCUUUGAAAGCUGAGGGCAUACAGCUUCGGGCUCGUAUCACUGUUUUGAAUCAGCAACUUGAGUCUCGGUCAAUCGCCAAUCCCAACCUCGCUCUUCCGAUAUUUAUGGGUCAAGACCAUAAUCAUGGUUUGGCUCAUAACCACACACCGGUACUAGCUACCGAACAUCUUCAGAACACGCCCCAAGUUCAGGGGGGCACUGAUUUUACUAUGAGCACCGGCGACACCUCUCCUCAAGACCUUAUGACCGGCGUCUCCCCGGAGAACCCCAUCCAACAGCUACCCCAGCCCGACGGCACCGCAUCUCUAGAACAAGAUCCAGAUAUCGACUGGAACAAAGUAGAUCUGGAUCACAUCAAUGCCGAUUUGGACCCGAUCGACCCUUCAUGGGACCAGUCCGGCCAACCCUACUGUGAAUGACAGUAGGCUAGAAGAAUGGAUUCUCACGGCUUGUGGAUGUAGCGCAUUCUCUUUGAGCUACUGUUAUUGGAAGCACAUCUUUCUAUAUUUGAUUUGAUUUGACUUUUUUUUAUUUCCCCCACGUGUAUUGGUU